UCGCGAGUAAUCAAAAAUCAAUCAUCAUGUACGCGUGACACCUUGUUUUCAUCGUGACAUAUUUCGCUAUUUACGAUUGUCUUCGCAAUGAUGGACUCGACUCGAAAAAAGCUCGUUGUCAGAGAGAGAAAGUGGUACGAACAGCGGUGGACUAGCUAAAUACUUUAUUAACGCGCGGGUACAGCAUAUCUACUUAAUAAGCAUUAUUGGAGUAACAACAAAGAGAGAGGAUGGACGACGAGAGCUACGAAGCUGCAGGAGCAUCAUCUGCAGCUGGUGAGGUGACGCUGGCCGAGGAAGACGAGGGGAUUGAAGCGUGUAUCAGUGCUGCUGCUGCUCUGGAGCUCGAUGUCUUUGCCGAGGACAAUGAGGGACCCUCCGGUAAAAGGUGGGAGCCUCUCGGUGCCACUGCCAAUCCGGACGACGAUGGCUACGCGCUGGAGGAAUACAAGCACGAGUACGAUAAAUUUGAGAGCGGCCACUUUGGAGGGAUGGAAAAGCUCAGGAUGCUGGAGGAAGAACAAGAAAUGCUCAAUUCGUCACUCAUAGCGCUGACCACACACUUUGCACAGGUGCAAUUCAGACUGAAACAGAUAUGCGAUGCUCCCACCAAUGAGAAGGAAAAUUUAUUGAAAGAGCUGGAAGAGUUUGCGUUUAGAGGGAUUCCUGACGUUCACGGCAAUGUUAUUUUUGAUACUAAAUCGUCAAUAUCCAGCCCAUCGCACAGACGUGAUUCUUCUGGGUCAGAUGACAGAGAGUCAAAAUUGAAAAUGGAAAUGCAAAGGGCAAAACAAAAAGAACUGAUAAGCCAACUGAAAUCGCAAUUGGAAGACUUGGAGCAAUAUGCCUACGAAACUGGUGAUGCGGAUUUGCCCCAAAGUAUUGUACUGGAGAGGCAGAACUUGAUAAUCAGUCACUUGAAAGAAAAAUUAAAUGUCAAUAUUGAAGAUUUAUCUAAGCUCUCUCCAGACGAUUUGAGAUGGCAAGUAGAUAUGGCGAUCAAUCAAAUCGUCAGUCCAUUAAAAAUGAAGGAGCAGCUUAUAACUCAGUUAAAAACUCAAAUAACCGACUUGGAAAGGUUCAUAAACUAUUUGCAGGGCGAAGUAAGUACCGAAACAUUAGCGUGCACCUGUGCUUGUCCAGUUCACACUCACGGCCAAGCACAGCCAUACAAAGCCAAAAGAUCAUUCAAUCCAACCUCAGCGAACGACAAUAGCGCCGCUAGUUUAAGCACAGUAGGAAAGGUCGUAGCGUUGUUGCAUAUGUACAUAAUGUCACAAAUCGGUUGUGGUGGCCAGAGACCUCAUCACAGCCGGAAAAAAGAAUCUGUGUACGGCUGGCGAGAUUUGAGAACGCGACUCGACAUCUCCGUUGAGCACGUACUUGAAGUCCUAGCAGAAAGCGAAUACAGAAGUAGUAUACACGAAGAUGUAGCUUACAACUCGGACUCAGACUCCCCUGUCAGUCAUUACAAUGUUAAAAUCACAUCGGCCGUGAGGAAGCAUUUGGCUUUGUGUAUUCGAGAUCUGAUGCAGCACGGCGCCACGACUGAUGCCACUGCGACAAGUGUCGUUCCCUUCGUCGGCUGUUUCGCGACAAGAACACACAGCACUGGCAGUUCCAUGCACGCCUGGGAAAUCAUUCUCAAGUACUACGAGGUGAAGAAUGGCCGCCGUUAUAAUUCUAGUCCAGCGCAAAAACUGUCUCAGAGCUUCAAUUUGGAUCUUCAUAGAGGACAAUCUGCUUCAUGUAAACAAAAUCUCCUAGUUACUAUUGGAAACAUAAUUUCUAUGCAUUCGCCUUACAAAAGAGGCUUUGAUUCAAAUUUCAAGGCUUUCGUAUGUGCUGCUUUAAAUACAAACAAGUUAGUUUCUUGGCUAAAACUUAUACUUCAGUGCCAGUAUUUAUUAGAAAAUUACUAUAUGCCUUGGAGUUACGUUAUAAAGACUGGCUUUCAAGAUGCCUUCCACACUUUAGAUAAGUUAACAAAGCAUAGAUUUGAUUUGCCAAUCGACUUGGCAAUACAACAGUUCCAAAAUUUAAAAGAAGCAUUUUAA